AACGGGCAGCGGAAAAACAGUGGCGCCGACUUCAUCUCCUUCGGGCUGGUGGGCGGCCGCCCCGAGUUUAGGUUCGAUGCGGGUUCGGGCAUGGCCACCAUCCGUCACCCCGUGGCGCUGCGGCUGGGGCAGUACCACACCGUGCGGCUGCUCCGCAACCUCACCUGGGGCUCGCUGGCACUGGACGGGCACCCCCCCGUCAAUGGCACCUCCCAGGGGAAGUUCCAAGGGCUGGAUCUGAACGAAGAGCUGUUCCUGGGCGGGUACCCCGACAUCAGCGCCGUGGCCAAGACGGGGCUCAGCCGCGGCUUCAUGGGCUGCGUGCGCCAGCUCCGCAUCCAAGGGGAGGACGUGGCCUUUGGGGACAUGGACCUGCAGGCGCACGGUGUCACCAACUGUCCCACCUGCCAGGACCGGCCGUGCCAGAACGGCGGCGUGUGCCAGGACGACGAGAGUGGCACCUACAUGUGCCGCUGUCCCCACGGCUUCACCGGCAGCAACUGCGAGUACUCGCAGGCUCUGCACUGUCACCCAGAGGCCUGUGGGCCCGAUGCCACCUGUGUCAACCGGCCGGACGGGCAGGGCUACACCUGCCGCUGCCACCUGGGCAAGAGCGGGGACAGGUGCACUGAGGGGGAGGCGGUGAGCGUGCCGUCCUUCGAGGAGGACGGAGCCUUCGUGUCGUACCCACCCCUCACCAACGUGCACCACGAGCUGCGCGUGGAGGCCGAGUUCCUGCCGCUGGCACCCGACGGGCUCCUGCUCUUCAGCGCCGGCAAAGCCGCCCCCGUCGAGGACUUCGUGGCCUUGGCCAUGGUCGGGGGCCACCUCGAGUUCCGCUACGAGCUGGGCUCAGGCCCGGCGGUGCUGCGGAGCACGGGCCCGGUGGCACUGGGACAGUGGCACUGGGUGACGGCCGAGCGGCUGAACAAGGACGGGACCCUCGUGGUGGACGACGCGGCCCCCGUGAAACGCUCCUCGCCCGGCAAGAGCCAGGGGCUGAACCUGCGCAGCCCCCUGUACCUGGGGGGCACCGAGCCCCCGCUCCAGCCCCCCACCAACGCCUCCUUCCGUGGCUGCAUCGGAGAGGUGUCCGUCAACGGGAAGCGGCUGGAGCUGCGGGAGCGGUUCCUGCGCAGCCGGGGGGUCCGGCCCUGCAGGAGGAACUGCCGGGGGAACCCCAACUGCCUGGUGGGCAUCGGGGAGCACGUGUGGCUGGGCGAGAUCGACGAGAACAGCUUCCACAACAUCGACGACCCCAACUGCGAGCGCCGCAAGAAGUGCCAGAGGACGAGGGGAGGCGACCCCUGA